CUUCGCCGCAAGGAUUUAUUGUACUGAGCUGCCUGCCGGUGCUAACCACCGGCCCGGGACAGGAGGAGAGGGAGAACGAGGCUCCGGAGGCAAUGAUGACGGCGAGGAAGGCGACGUGUGUUCUGGUGGUGUGGGCGCUGGUCGCCGCGGGUCUGUCCGGCCUGGACUCCGCCCGGGCGCCCUUGGGCAAGUGGCAGCGCGAGUUCGAUUACUUCGCUCUGGCGCUGCAGUGGCCCGGCACCAUCUGCGCCUCCACACGCCACUGCUGCGCCAAAAAUGGAUGCUGCCGCUCGGAGCCGCUCCAGACGUUCACGAUCCAUGGGCUAUGGCCGGACUACGACGACGGGACCUGGCCGUCGUGCUGCCGUUACACCAACUUCGAGAUGGAGAAGAUAUUGCCCCUGAAGGAGAAGCUUGACAAGUACUGGCCCUCCCUGUACUGCUCCUCCUCUUCCACUUGCUUCAGCGGCAGGGGACCCUUCUGGGCUCACGAGUGGGAGAAGCACGGAACAUGCUCGUUCCCUGUGGUUCAGGAUGAAUUACAGUAUUUCUCCACUGCCCUUGACCUCUACUUCAAAUAUAAUGUUAUGGAGAUGCUGUCGAGUGGAGGUAUUCAGAUUUCAGAUUUUAAGGAAUAUGCACUGAGUGAUGUCAUCGAGGCCAUCAAACAUGCUUUUGGAGCCUCACCGCAAAUUGUUUGCAAGUACGGCUCAAUUGAAGAACUCAGGUUAUGCUUCGACAAAGAUUUGAAGCCUCGUGAUUGUCUUACUACUACUGCAACCAAUAAAAGCAUAUGGAGGAGAAAGCAAUGCCCACGAUACAUCACCCUGCCAACAUACGAUCCCCUUGUGCUUGCCAAUUCCACUGGAGGGAUCAUCACACAAUUCGACGACCUUGAGGUGUCUGCGUCUCUUUAUACAGCCUAAGAUGCAGUUGUUCCAGCCGGGCAUUUCAUGGCUCACUGUGAUGAAGCAAGUAUCUUCAGGGCUCUGGCUGCAUCUCUUGCAACAUUAUAAGCCUAAGGUGGUCGCGUGAGCACCUAGAUCCAGGGAACUUUUGAUCCCUGGAUCAUUCUAUUAUUUGCACACUUCAACGUAAUUUUACUUUUAAGUUGUAAAAGCACCAGUUUAUGUUACUAUGGGAGGUCGGAUAUAGUCCAUGUAUAUACACAUUCUGUGGCUGGACAGUAACCACAGUUAUAAAUAACUCCUCCAGCAUACGACAUUUUCUUGCUA